AGGACUAGAGCGCGUCACUAUCCAGGACGGUUAAGUUGGUGGGAGCCGUUUGUGUGCUCGCGUAUAGCAUUCUGGGAGUUAUUCCCUCGAUUAGGAACCCACUGCACGGUGCCAGGGCCCAGAGGAAGUGCGAGCAGCGCCAGCAUGUCCCGCUACACCAGGCCGCCCAACACCUCGCUCUUUGUUAGGAACGUGGCCGAUGCUACCAGGCCGGAGGACUUACGGCGUGAGUUUGGUCGGUACGGCCCCGUAGUAGACGUUUACGUUCCACUUGACUACUACAAUCGUCGCCCCAGAGGAUUUGCAUAUAUUCAGUUUGAAGAUGUUCGUGAUGCUGAAGACGCACUUUACAAUCUCAACAGAAAAUGGGUUUGUGGCCGUCAAAUUGAAAUACAGUUUGCUCAAGGUGAUCGUAAAACUCCUGGACAAAUGAAGUCCAAGGAACGAAAUACCUCUUCUCCAGUUGAUCGGAGAAGAUCAAGAAGCCACAGCAGACGAACACGCAGCCGAAGCGGUUCUUGGGACCGUGGCAGAAGAAGGUCAAGACACAGAAGACAUUCAUAUAGUCAUUCAAAAUCUCGUUCAAAAACUCCACAGAAGCAUUCGCGAUCACCUCUAAGACACGUUUUCUCAAAAGGACGGUCUAGAUCAGUGGAAAAAUCGCCAUCUGGUUCACCACCGAAGGAAUCUGGAUCAAAGCCUCGAUCUGCCCAGGGGCGCUCUGGUUCUGCAAGAUCACGUUCAAAGUCUCCCCGUCAGAGGCAUGCCAAUUCUACAUCGCAGAAAGAAAUGGCCCGAAACUCUCGUUCGCGGUCUAGAUCGCGGGGCUUUAGGGGUAGAAAUAGUCGGCACUCUGGUUCUGAUGAAGACUAGUCUGCUCCUAAACAAUUUCCCAGACUAAGGCUACAUGCACAUGACUAUGUGUUUUGUGGUCUGCAAAUUGCAGAUCAGCCCAAAAAAAUAAAUACUAUCAGUUUUUUUUUUUGUUUUUUUUUUUUUGCGGGACUACGGAACGGACAUACGGCUGCAGGUAGCACACUGUGCUGUCUACAUUUUUUUUUGUGGACCCAUUGAAUUGAAUGGGUCUGCAUCCUAUCCGCAAAAGAAAAUAAAAAAAAGGCAGUGAAACUAACAUUCGUGUGCAUGUAGCCUAAGGGACAUGCAGACUAUUCUGUAUAAAUGAUCUGUAAGUUCCUUGACUGUUCAGAGGCUUUUCUCAUAUCACGUAGGCUUCCCGAGAAGAGAAAUCUUCUCAAUAGUGUAAAUAGAAAACUACUAAGGUUCAUUUAGCAAAUGUGAGUGGAGGCAAUUCUGUGUUGCUUUAACAAACAUCAGUAUUCUGUUGGCCUCCGAGCGUGUUUUCAUUUGUUUUGUAUUCUAAUAACUUUUUUAUAUCUUCAUGUAUGAAGUGCUGUUUUAGAGGUUGUGGGAAAGCAUUUAACUGGGUACAGCUUUGUUAAAUGCCAUCUAGGUUGCUACCUUUCAUCAUAUUUUGUAAUUACUUUUUGAUAAACUGUGUUCUAUAGGAGUAACAUUUUAAUCUUUUGAUCUUUAGUUCCAAACAUCUGUAAGAUGCAUUUAUUUAGUAUGCCUAAGGCUACUUUCACACUAGCGGCAGGGCAGAUCCGACAGGCUGUUCUCCCUGUCGGAUCCGUUCCUGCUGCUAUUUCGCCGGACUGCCGCUCCGUCCUCGUUGAUUAUAGGCGCAGCAUGGUGAGAUGCCGCCGGGCUAAAAGUACUGAAUGUCUGACUUUUUAGUCCGUCAGCCUCUCGCCGUGCUGCGCCGGAGCUCCGCCCUGUCCCCAUUAUAGUCAAUGGGGACUGAGCGGCACUCCGGCGGCAGGAACGGCUGAACAGCCGGUCGGAUCAGUCCUGCCGCUAGUGUGAAAGUACGCUAAACUGAAGGAAUUUUCUUUACCUGACAACCUCCCUAUUGCCUGGU